UAAACAAAUAGUUGGGUCUCACAGUUACCCCAGUCUAGGAACCAGUGGCCUGGCGUAAAGCACAGUAACGAGGAGACAGUCAUGACUCUCACUCCUCAAGGCUCUUGUCUGGGUUUUCUUUUCCACCGGACGUAUAGUAAGGAUUCCCGAUAGCAAAGAUGGCGGCUGAGCGGCGUUGACUCUUCUCCGUAAGGACUUAGUAAAUGUGGUGUAUUUGUUGAGUUUUAUGCUGAACAGGGAAACCAAGUCCAUGCGGAGAGACUCGUCUCGUGAAUGAAAUGUUGUGAGACUGCGAAGAAAAUCUUUUCACAAGGAAGUUAGCUUCUACAACUCGCUAGUUUUCCGUUGUAGCGCUGGGUGUGCAUCGCCGUAGCUAACUAACUAGUCUGUAUCGUCAUUGUAAAAUGGCUCCGGUGCAGAUUGGGUCAGAUGGGCAGCUCGUCCCACUCGGAGGUCCGGUUGUCUCGGGUCCACAGCCACCACCACCCGGGACCCCGGCCACACAGGGGGUCCGACUGAGCCUGCUAAUUGAAUUUCUUCUCCAGAGGACCUACCAUGAAAUUACCCUGCUGGCAGAACUGCUUCCAAGAAAAACAGACAUGGAAAGGAAAAUUGAGAUCGUCCAGUUUGCCAGUCGUACUAGGCAGCUAUUUGUGCGUCUGCUAGCCCUAGUGAAGUGGGCAAGCAAUGCAGGGAAAGUUGAGAAGUGUGCGAUGAUUUCCAGCUUCUUGGAUCAGCAGACCAUCCUGUUUGUAGAUACAGCUGAUAGGCUUGCAUCACUGGCAAGAGAUGCCUUGGUACACGCUCGUUUGCCCAGCUUUGCCAUCCCCUUUGCCAUUGAUGUUCUCACCACAGGGUCAUACCCACGCCUGCCUACAUGUAUACGAGAUAAGAUAAUUCCUCCAGACCCCAUCACUAAGGCUGAGAAGCAGACCACCCUGAGCCAGCUUAAUCAGAUUCUACGACACCGUCUUGUCACAACAGACUUACCACCCCAGCUAGCAAACCUCACAGUUGCUAAUGGGCGUGUAAAGUUUCGUGUGGAAGGAGAGUUUGAGGCCACUUUGACGGUGAUGGGAGAUGACCCUGAUAUUCCCUGGAGGCUGCUGAAGUUGGAGAUUCUGGUGGAGGACAAAGAAACUGGAGAUGGGCGAGCCUUGGUCCACAGUUUGCAGGUGAACUUCAUCCACGAGUUGGUCCAGGCACGUCUGUGUGCCGAUGAAAAACCCCUACAGGACAUGUACAACUGCUUGCACUCCUUCUGUCUGUCACUGCAGCUAGAGGUGCUCCACUCUCAGACUCUGAUGCUGAUUAGAGAGCGAUGGGGAGACCUGGUGCAGGAGGAGAGAUAUAUGCCUGCAAAAUAUCUCACGCUCACCGUCUGGAACCAACAGGUUUUGGGAAGGAAAACAGGUACAGCGUCAGUACAUAAAGUCACUAUCAAGAUUGACGAAUCAGAUGGAUCUAAGCCAUUGCAAAUAUCCCAUGAACCUCCUCUCCCUGCCUGUGACUCUAAAUUAAUAGAGAGAGCUAUGAAGAUUGACCAUCUGUCAGUGGAGAAACUUUUGAUCGACAGUGUGCAUGCCCGGUCCCAUCAGAAACUACAGGAGCUGAAGGCCAUUCUAAAGACCAACAAUCCCAGUGACAACUCAUUCAUCGAGACUGCUUUACCCACACUUAUUAUUCCAAUACUUGAGCCCUGUGGUCGUUCAGAGUGCUUACACAUUUUUGUAGACCUGCACUCUGGCAUGUUCCAACCCAUGCUGUAUGGAUUAGAUCAGUCCAUGCUGGAUGACAUUGAAAAGACCAUUAACGAUGAUAUGAAGCGUAUCAUAUCUUGGCUUCAACAACUGAAGUUCUGGUUGGGGGAGCAGCGCUGUCGACAGUCUGUGAAACACCUUCCCACUGUGUGUACUGAUGUCCUUCACCUGUCCAACUCGGCUUCUCACCCUGUUGGCAACUUGUCCAAACACAAACUCUUCAUUAAGCUCACUCGUCUUCCGCAGUACUACAUUGUGGUGGAAAUGUUUGAAGUGCCUAGCAGUCCCACAGCGUUGCAGUACAAGUACUCUUUCCUGUCUGUGUCUCAGCUGGAAGGAGAGGACGGACCCAUGUGUGCACAGCUCCUGCAGCAUUUCAAACCCAACCUAGAACACCUUGUCCAGGACACCACAACAGGGAGAAGGGCCCGACCUGGAACUAAGAGAAAGAUAUCUGGGGACCAGGGAGGCCCAGAGCCAAAGAAGCCUAAGCGGUCUGGAGAAAUGUGUGCCUUCAACAAAGAGCUGGCUCACCUAGUAGCGAUGUGCGACACCAACAUGCCUUUCAUUGGCCUCAGAACAGAGCUGUCCAACAUGGAGAUCCCAAACCAGGGUGUCCAAGUGGAGGGAGACGGCAGCAGUCAUGCGAUACGUCUACUGAAGAUUCCUCCCUGUAAAGGUGUAGGAGAGGAGACCAGGAGAGCUUUAGACCGGUCCCUACUGGACUGCACCUUCAGACUGCAGGGCAGGAACAACCGAACCUGGGUGGCUGAACUGGUGCUGGCCAACUGCCCUCUCAACAGCACACACAGCAAGGAGCAAGCCUCCACGCGGCACGUGUAUCUGACUUAUGAAAACCCUCUUUCGGAGCCAGUGGGCGGGCGAAAGGUAGUAGAGAUGUUCCUUAAUGACUGGAGCGCCAUCAAUCAGCUCUACCAGUGCGUCCUCAACUUCUCUCGUGCACUGCCAGAGAUGCCAUCUUACCUGAGCCUGUUCUCAGAGGUGCGGCUCUAUAACUACCGUAAGCUGGUGCUGUGCUACGGGACCACCAAGGGCAGCUCUGUGACCAUCCAGUGGAACUCCAGCAGCCACCGUUUCCACCUUGCCCUCGGCACUGUGGGGCCUAACUCUGGCUGCUCCAACUGCCAUAAUAUCAUCCUUCAUCAGUUACAGGAGAUGUUCAACAAGAAUCCAAAUGUGAUGCAGCUGCUGCAGGUGCUCUCUGACACACAGGCCCCUCUGAAUGCAAUCAACAAGCUACCAACAGUGCCCAUGCUGGGCCUGACCCAGCGCACCAACACUGCCUACCAGUGCUUCUCCAUCUUACCCCAGUCAUCCACACACAUCCGCCUGGCGUUCCGAAACAUGUACUGCAUCGACAUCUACUGCCGCAGCCGUGGUGUGGUAGCCAUCAGAGAUGGAGCCUACAGUCUUUUUGACAACACUAAGAUUGUAGAGGGUUUCUACCCUGCGCCUGGACUCAAGACAUUCCUGAAUAUGUUUGUGGACAGUAAUCAGGAUGCUCGCAGACGCUCUGUCAAUGAAGAUGAUAACCCACCGUCGCCGGUGGGUGUAGAUGUGAUGGACAGUCUGAUGAACCAGUUGCAACCUCAACAGCAGCCACAGACAAUGAGAGGGGGUGCGGGAGGUGUUUACCCUCCUCUCACUUCACCACCAAAUUAUCACACUAAUGUAACUCCCUCACCAUCCAUGAUGCCCACCCAGUCACCAGGGAACAUCCAUGCCUCUGGCUCCCCUAGUGGAGCUCUGAGGGCACCCUCUCCUUUUGGGCCCACCCCAUCUCCGUCUUCGCUGGGCAUAGCCAUGGGCCAGACCAGCUUUGCCAGUCCCCACGGUGCUCUGGACCCCAGCUCUCCAUAUGCCAUGGUGUCCCCUAGCCAUAGGGGCCAGUGGCCAGGCUCACCCCAGGUCUCAGGGCCUUCUCCUGGGGCAAGGAUCCAUGGCAUGUCCCCUGGUAACCCAUCAUUGCACUCACCUAUCCCUGACCCUCAUUCUCCACGUGCUGGGACCAGUUCACAAGUCAUGCCUACCAGUAUGCCUCCACCCCGCAAGCUACCUCAGCGCCCCUGGGCUGCCUCCAUUCCUACCAUCCUCACCCACAAUGCCUUGCAUGUGCUUCUGCUCCCCUCACCCACUCCCUGCCUGGUGCCAGGCCUAGCAGGAAGCUACCUCUGCUCGCCUCUGGAGCGGUUUCUAGGUUCAGUUAUCAUGAGACGGCACCUACAGAGGAUCAUUCAGCAGGAGGCCAAUUUAUCUAUUGUGAACUCUAAUGAGCCGGGGGUAAUCAUGUUCAAGACAGACGUGCUCAAGUGCCGCGUGGCUCUCAACCCAAAGAAUUACCAGACACUGCAGCUCAAAGUCACUCCAGAAAAUACAGGUCCCUGGUCCCAGGAGGAGCUUCAGGUGCUGGAGAAGUUCUUUGAGACACGGGUUGCUGGUCCUCCCUUCAAAUACAACACUCUGAAUGCCUUCACAAAGCUGCUGGGGGCACCCACGAACAUCCUUAGGGACUGUGUGCGCAUCAUGAAGCUCGAACUGUUCCCUGACCAGGCUGCACAGCUGAAGUGGAAUGUCCAGUUCUGUCUCACUAUCCCUCCCAGUGCUCCUCCCAUCGCCCCUCCUGGAACCAUCGCUGUGGUGCUCAAGUCCAAGAUGCUCUUCUUUUUGCAGCUGACCCAGCGUAUCCCUGUGCCACAGGAGCCAGUGAGCAUUAUCGUGCCCAUUGUGUACGACAUGGCCACAGGCCUCACUCAGCAGGCCGACAUCCCCAGACAGCACAGCUCCUCUGGGGCCGCAGCGCUCAUGGUCUCUAAUAUCCUUAAGAGGUUCAAUGAACUGCACCCCGCUAGACAGGGUGAGUGUACGAUAUUUGCUUCUGUUCACGAGCUGAUGGCCAACCUCACUCUACCCCCCGGCACUCGUCAGUAGAAACAGCAAAUUCAGAGCCAGUAUUGGAACUCAUUUGGAGUCCCUUUGAGACCGAGGAUGGCUCCAUCCGUGAGCUAAGAAGAAAAAGGAGAGUAACAACGGUGGUCCCAAGAUGUCAAAAUCCAGCAUGUGUCCUCUGCUUCAGCCACUGGACUGUUGACCUGAUGUAUAAUUGCUGUUAUGAAAGGGAGUAAAAAUAUGUACAGCUGUGGACCACAGUCUUUAUUCUUGAUAGAACAAGAUUUGCUGUUAAGGUAGAUCAUGGACGGGGGGGGGGGCAUUCGAUGCAAAAGGAUAUAAAUGUUAUUUUUUUCCUCCAGGUGCACUUGUAAACAAGAUUAUCUAUUGAAACUAAGGUUGUUUACGAAAAUAUGUACAUUGUUGUAUAUUUGAGUGUGAAUCAGGUGAGUUAGAGUUUUGCUAGAGAAUUGUCUUCAGUUUUUUGGGUUUUUUUAUAACGCCUGACUGAUAUUAUUAUAGUAUCAGGAGAUAUAUUCCUUAGCACACUAUUUAAAUGUCUUCUUGCCUUUACUUUGUCAAGACCUCUGCAUUUUUAUUUCAAACUUUCACUUUGGAUACUGUAAAACUGUGACAAACUUUAUAAGCCAGUUGUAUUUUAUUAAGACCCAUUUUGAGUCCUGGUUGAAGGAUUUGAGACAUUCUGUCUGACUUUGCUAUUUAAUAAACCAAGCCCAGAGUUGGUUUGUGCUUUGAGGAUCUUC